UCUCCUACCCACGGGUCAACCGAAUUAAAAAAAAUAGAUUUUAGCCAAUUACUUUGCUAAUAAAAUAGCCUUUGUGCUAGACACAUAUUCCUUUAUGUUUAUUAAAAGCGCGGCAUUUGAUGGCGAUUUUUGCUCGAAUGCUUGUCGUCACCCCGGGUUACGACCCUAUGGAGAAUUAUGACUGCAUUUAGUUUCUUUCAACAAAUUUGUUAUUAUCACGUCGAUUCGGGGACACAGAGUGCCGGGUGUGGGGCAUCUCUCUGAUACACUUGCCCUGUGCAGCAUCCGGCGCACCACGAAGCCCAAAUGCAUCCAUAAAUAAUAGCAGAGAGGAACAAAGCGCAAUACCCACCAAAGCUUAAGUGGGGCGCCCGCAUCAACCAGUGGUGACACUGACAGGCAGCAUUCGUCCGCCCGGGAAAUGCUGCGCAAACUCCAUUGUCCACAUUGCACCCCACCCCCUCACAUCUACAACCCUCCCACUCAGUGUGCGCUUGGCUGGGGGGGAGUUAAUACUAAUCUUGCCUGGCACCGGUCAAAGCGCUGCUGCUUAGCGCACAGACGAUGGAGCCGGCGACUGCUCGGCAGCCCGGCAGCUCCAGCCGGUGAGAGGGGAGAGAGCCGCCGGUACCGGCCGGCCCGCCAUGAGCGGCCAGUCGGCCCGCCUGCCCGCACCGCGCCGCCAGUUGUCACUCAGUGCCCCGGCGCCGGGCGCACGCCGGCUCCAGCCUCUAACCCACCGCUCGCUGCUCCCCGCCGGCCCGCCACGCGUGGUGACCCGGGAGCCUUGAUUCUUUCCGUUCGGAGGGUGGUGGGGCUGGAGGUGAGGGGUGGGUGGGGAGAGUAGACCGAGGAUCGUCGCCGGCAGCGGCGGCGGCGGGGGUGAGGAUGGCUUCGGCCGGCUCGCUGCGGGAAGCAGCCGCUCAGCCCCGCGGCCAGGAACCGGCGCCCGGCCAGUCCCGAAGUUUGCCGGCGUUGAACGGCCCGUGUGACUGGUGCCCGGGAGCUGGCCAGCCCGAGCCGCCGGCUGCCAAGGGAGCCAACCUGGCCGCGUUUACAGCCCGGACCUCGGGCAGCAGCGGCGGCGGCGGCUGGGCUGCGGCGCCGGGGAGGAAGGGCAGCGGGUGCCGUUGGCCGGUGCUCGGCGACUCCCGCUGCUUCCUGGCGUGCAUGUGCUGCCUGACCUUCAUCCAGUCGCUCAUGGUGUCCGGCUACCUCAGCAGCGUCAUCACCACCAUCGAGAAACGCUACAACCUGAAGAGCUCCGAGUCGGGUCUCCUGGUCAGCUGCUUCGACAUCGGCAGCCUGGUGGUGGUGGUCUUCAUCAGUUACUUCGGGGGCCGGGGCCGGAGACCCCGCUGGUUGGCCGUGGGCGGCUUCCUCAUCGCAGUCGGAGCCGCUCUCUUCACCCUCCCUCACUUCAUCUCUCCACCUUACGAGAUCCAGGAGCUGAACACGACCUCGUCCGCACAGGGUUUGUGCAGUUCCAGCAACGGCACCGGCGCCAGAGACUCAGAGUCCGGCUGUGCGGGCAGAGAUUCCUCCGGCCAGCAGCACUCGCUCUAUGUGGCUCUUUUUGUCUGCGCCCAGCUGCUCAUCGGCGUGGGUUCGACCCCCAUCUACACGCUGGGGCCCACAUAUUUGGACGACAACGUCAAAGCCGAGAACGCAUCCCUCUACUUGGCCAUUAUGUAUGUAAUGGGAGCAUUGGGCCCUGCAGCAGGAUAUCUUCUUGGCGGUGUAUUGAUUGGCUUCUAUGUAGAUCCCAGGGCUGUAGUUCAGAUUGACCAGAGUGACCCACGCUUCAUUGGAAAUUGGUGGAGUGGAUUUUUGCUUUGUGCGAUUACCAUGCUCCUAGUUAUAGUGCCAAUGUUCACUUUCCCUCGAAAACUACCACCUCGUCAGAAGAAGAAGAAGAAAAUAGUCUCGAAUGAUUUGAACAGUGAUGAUGAGAUGAUGAAAGGGAAAGCUGAGAGCAGAGAACACAAAAGAAGCGCCGUGACUUCCUCCUUGGGUUUUGGAAAGGACAUUAAAGACAUUCCCAAAGCAGCUGUCAGGAUCUUGAGCAACAUGACAUUCCUGUUUGUGAGCUUGUCAUACACUGCAGAAAGUGCCAUCGUCACCGCUUUUAUUACCUUCAUUCCCAAGUUCAUUGAAUCUCAGUUUGGCAUCCCAGCAUCUAAUGCAAGCAUUUACACUGGUGUGGUCAUUGUUCCCAGUGCUGGUGUUGGCAUUAUCCUAGGGGGCUACAUUAUUAAAAAGCUCAAGCUUGGUGCACGAGAAUCAGCUAAGCUUGCUAUGAUCUGCAGUGGGGUUUCUUUGUUGUGUUUCUCCACACUCUUCAUUGUUGGCUGUGAAAGCAUUAACCUUGGGGGCAUUAAUAUACCCUACACCACAGGCCCUUCACUUACAAUGGCACAUAGAAAUCUAACCGGUGACUGCAAUGUUAACUGUGGGUGCAGGAUCCAUGAUUAUGAACCUGUCUGUGGAUCAGAUGGGAUAACGUACUUCAGCCCUUGUUUGGCUGGCUGCUCAGUCCUUGUCAAUGAAAGCACAAGGAUGAGGAACUACACUGACUGUGCCUGUGUUCAAAGUCGGCAAGUGAUAACCCCACCUACAGUUGGGCAGAGAAAUCAGCUCCGAUUGGUUAUUGUGAAAACAUAUCUGAAUGAGAAUGGGUAUGCAGUAUCUGGCAAGUGUGAGCGGACAUGCAAUACCCUGAUCCCUUUUCUAGUAUUUCUCUUCAUCGUCACACUAAUUACAGCUUGUGCACAGCCAUCAGUAAUCAUAGUAACACUCAGGUCUGUAGAAGAUCAGGAAAGACCUUUUGCGCUGGGCAUGCAAUUUGUUCUCUUACGAACUCUUGCUUACAUUCCAACUCCAAUUUACUUCGGAGCUGUGAUUGACACAACUUGCAUGCUUUGGCAACAGGAAUGUGGCAUUGUCGGCUCCUGCUGGGAAUACGAUGUGACUUCCUUCAGAUUUGUCUACUUUGGACUGGCAGCUGGCCUCAAGUUUGCCGGCUUUGUUUUUAUCUUUUUUGCCUGGCAUUCAAUCAAGCAGAAAGAAAACCAUUUGCAAAGGUGGCGACGGAGAGCCUCACCCAUAAGCACUGUCAGUGAACUGCUCAGUAACCCAGGGACCCACCACAACUAUGCACAGACUCGAUCAUGUCCUACCUUUCAAAUAAGAGCUGAACACAAUGAAUACCUACCACAGUCUGGAACAGUUCAACAUGUAGCAUAGACAUUACCUGAUAUCCCAGGAAACAGUAAUAUACACAGCUAAGAACACUGAACGAUAUGAUGGUUGACACAGGUGAAUUCAUAUAUAUGUUGUCUUAGGGAAUUAGUUGUCAAAAAAUUACUGAUGGUUGUUCUGAAGUUUAGUUCUUUGACAAAAGCACCAUUUGGAAAGUUUCUCCAGGUAAACAACAAAACCUGUGCCUUUUUAAUUUAAAAAAUGAUGUCCACUGACUAAAGAAAACAGAUAAUCGUAUCAAUUAUGGCACACUGGAGGGCUGGAUACCUCAAUGUGAUUAGAAUUCUCAGAUAACUUGUGUCAUUUUUAAUCUUAUGGAGUGACGAUUUGCAUUCAAGAGUCAAUUUAAACUUUCAAUUUUUGAAAGAAUAAGAAACAGAUGAACAAACUUCCAUAACAUUUUUAAAAAAUAAGUUCUAUUUUGAUCUGUUGCGGAUCAUUAGAAACUUCUACAUGUUCCAAGAUACA